AUGACAUCCCUGAACGACGCAUCUAUUUCCAGAAAUACGAGUACCGCUGCUUCCAGCAAUACGAGUACCCCUCCUCCUCCCGCUUGUAAUUCGACACCUGGUGUAUCUGGCGGUGCUGUUGCCGGUGCUGCAGUUGGGUGUUUCAUCGGGGGCGUCCUCAUCGGAGCGCUUAUUUGCUGGCUUUUACUUCGUCGACGCAAGCAACGCCGCCCAGCGUUUAGCCCAGGGUAUGAUGAGGGAGCCGCUGGUGAGCCAAAGGGCUACGUCCACGAAUCAUCCACGACCAGCAACACGAGACGUGAAGCUGAUCUCGCCCCCUUCUUUUUGGAUGGUGUGCCUGAUCAAGAGCUUGCCACUGAGCUGGAAUGUCUAGGAGAUCUGAUCUACCAACACGUAGAGAACAGCUACCAUAAACAGCCCGUUCGACAAAGCGUCACCCUGCUCAGCUCAGAGCUCUCACGACUCGGCUUCCCCAGAGACCCAAACCUCACCCCCGAAAUCGUUGCCGCGGCUUGCAUUGACCCAAAAAACAGACAAGUUGGGCUUCGGCAUGUUAUAUCGUGGGUGCUUUUCAAAGGCAUCGACUUUCAGCAACCCAACACACCAUCAAUGCUUCCUGCCUCUGUAGCUAGCUUUGUUCGCUCCAUUCCAAGGAGGCGUGCCCAGGAGAGCCAAUCAUUAGGACUUCCGCUUGCCAUGUCCAACUGGCGGAAGACUUCAGCUUUGCUGCUUCAUCCCACCCCCUCUGACCGUACUUCAUUGCCUCCCGUCGAAAGCGAUGUUUCCAGUCAGGCUCGUAUUCUGACGGAUGCCCUCGACCCCUUCCUCCAGCAUUUCACCACAGCCGAAAGCCACUCCGGUCAGAAAAAGCAUCUACAAGCUGUCAUUGAAGAGGGCGCCAAGUUGGGGUACAUGCUAUUUUCGCACCCCAACGAUUGGCAGCUUGUGUUCGUCGGCAAGAAGAGCGGCCAGGUAGUGGUGUGCCCAGGCUUAGAGAAGUCAAGUGAUAGGAAUGGUGCAAGAUAUAGCCCCCCAAAACCUGUCUUGGACCCGACCGAGGCGUUUGCCAACUUCAGUACUCCAGCAAUGCCGCAGCCAGUUCCGCUUCAAGCCGUCCUGGAGAUACAUCCAUCCCGAGCGACUGUUGAGACUGACCUUUUCAUCAAAGUUGCUCAAGCCUGCGAGAAAGACUUGGAACUUCUCGACAAUCUUUACAAUGACCGCCGUGCAUUCAUCCAUCUCCAGCGGGGCAUUUCUGACCAGAUAAGUCGCCUGAUCGAUGAUGUUCGCAAGGGACUAAACGAAGUUUACGAGACUGUCGACCUUUACUUAGGGAUUGAUUCUAUGGGAAAAUAUGUGCUCCAGAAAACGCCUGACGGUAUUGUGGAAUCAAUAGGCUUCCGCACACAGACUUCAAUCGUAGGACAAUACCAUGCAAGUGUCCUAUCAAAAUUGUACCGCUUACGCCAAUUGGCCUCGAGCGGUCAUGACAUUAGCAACAAUGGGGUGAAUACCGGUCGCAACAUCCCAACUUUCGACAACGUUGACCUGCUAGCAGAGAUCAUUGGGAAUACGUCAUUACGGUCUCGUCAAACGAACGAUGUUGGCAACAGGUCCCCCGUCGAGCUAGGAGACUGUCAUCAUGACCCCAAAAUAUAUCCCAUCGGAGAAACGAAUGGAGGGCCGAUCGAUAGAGAUAAGGUCCGAGGCGCAGGAAAGCCCGGCCAACGAAACCUUGCCGAGUUGUGUGGGGAUACAAGAGUUCCAGGUUUUCCGCCUCAUGUAGCUGAACUCGGCGGAGACUACGAGUUGCCAAAGCCGCCACUACAGAAUGCAAACGCUGCAGGGCCGUUUGCGACACCUAUUUCCGAGGAAAAGCAGGUUUUGAGCGGGCAAAGGGCCCAUGCGGCCUCCGGGACAGAAAUUUGCCGUGACCGAGUAAGACUGUCCGCCGAAAUGCGCAAGGAAGAUGAACUAAAACGAGUUGUGAUUAACUCCAAUGACACUUCCGGACUCUCCCUUCUAUUUGGCUGA